AUGGCUGCACCUGCCAUGCCGACCAUCACUCCGGAGCUUGCCGGACAGAUGGUGGACAAGGCCAUCGUCGCGCUCGAGGAUGAAGCGACCAAGAAGAAGGUCGAAGAAAUUAUCACAAAGGCCAAAGAGGCAGAGCCAGAGGAUCAAGUGAAGCGACAGAUGCUGAUGAUGCAGGAGAUUUUGCCUUUGGCCAAGAGCGUUGUCGGUGACAGCUGGAAGGAGUGGGGAGUGACAGAGGAGAACGCCAUGAUGGUUAUGAUGCAGGUUCAGAUGAUGGCCAUGAUGGAUCCAGUUUUGCAGCCGAAAGCUGCCAAGGUCAUGAGCUUCGUGCAGGGUCAGGUAGGCGCCUGA